CCGGAAACAGGACACAAAGGUUACAAACACCCCUUUUUCCAGGAAAGCAUCAAAUCCCUCCCUUCCAAAAACACAGCACGAUCACAGCAUGGAGUCCAUCGACGAGGAAUUCCGUAAUUACUGGGAAACUCUCAUGUUCUUCCAAUCUGAAGAGCUUCUUCACAACAGCUGCGUCAGCGAGGUGAUUUCCAGAUUCAAUGGUCCGAGUUCGCCGGACGCGGCGGCGCUGCCGGUAGCAUCUAAAAGCAUUGACCUGGAAAGAAAUAGGAGGAAGAAGCUCAAUGAAAGGCUCUUCGCACUCAGAGCCCUUGUACCCAAGAUAAGCAAGAUGGAUAAGGCUUCGAUAGUGAAAGAUGCUAUUGAUUACAUCCAAGACUUGCGUGAACAAGAAGGAAAGAUCCGAGCCGAGAUCGCAGAGCUCGAAUCUGUAAUUCUGAAGAAAAACCCAGGCUUUAAAUUUGAGGGAGAACGAUCACCACCGGCCCAUCCGAAAUCUAAGAGAAAGAGAGCAAAGCUGCGCCAUGAUAUUUCCAAGAGUCCAGACAUCACUCCAAUCGAAGUUCUUGAGCUAAGAGUGAUGGAAGCUGGAGAGAAGAGUGUGGUGAUUAGCUUGACCUGUAGCAACAGAGGAGACGCGAUGGUCAGGCUCUGUCAAGCGUUCGAGUCUCUGAAGCUCAAAAUAGUCGCCGCUAACAUCACCGCCCUCCCGGAGGAACUUUUGAAGAUGGUGUUCAUAGAGAAGGAAGAGAAGCAGGGUAAGGAACACAUUCAAUCCAAAAUACAAGCCGCCAUCGCAGCUCUGAACAGUCACCAUGCCGAGCCCACUGAUGCAAGCAUGAAGCAACUUAUGAGCCGAGACAUAUAGAAGGGUUCGAUUCCAUUAGUGCUCAUGGGAUGUCAUUCUCGGUGGCAGCGUAUUACAAAAUUUAUCAUUGCUUAGUGUUCAAAAUGUGAAUCUUAUCUACUUCAAUAGCACGGCAUGUCGAAUUCUAUGCUUUGUAGACAGUAAGACGUUUUGCACAUCCAAAUCUAAAGCUGAAGGGGAUGAGAUUUGAGUCCUCUUUAUGACCGAGGUGGCCCUUCAGGUGAAAUGAUUGUGCUCCUUUUUUGUGUUCGUGUGAUAAUAAAAUAUGGUUUCUUUUA